AUGAGCUCUGGGUACUUGUACCCAAGUAUAUCAUCAAAUGGCGGCUCCGGCAGGUCUACCCCGUUAUCCGCGACCUCGAACCGCUCAAGCUCGCCAUCCAAGCCCGCCACCUCUACCGGAGAUAGCUUUGCGAAUCUGGUCUCAUUCAACUCUUCCGCCGGAAACAAGAACCUUUCUCUCAUAGAACAGCAGAAGCGUUUGCAGGAGGAAAAGGCUAAGAAGGAAGCCGAGAAUCGCAGCCGAUUCGAAUCGCAAUACGGAGGCCAGAACAAUCAAUUCUGGGACAACUUUGAAGGACGUACGCGGAGCCCCGCAUCUGUACCUGCUUCUCGAUCUGCACCACUGCCCGCGGAUGAUGAGGAUAUUCUGGCCGCGUUCGAUGCUGCAGCGCCGGUGGAUGCGUCGACACAUUUCCCAGUCCCCACCUCUUCGAGAGCGUCGCCUCAACUCGACAUGAACAGUCGGCCAGAACCUUCCAAUGGUGGAAUUACCAUGCAGGACAACACGGGUAUGGACGCCUUUGAUGACGAUGACCCAUUCGGCCUCAAUCAAUUGAAGCCAAAACCUGCUCCCGCUCCUCAGCCUCAACAAGGCGACGAUGAUGAUUUCCUUGGUUUGCUCGGGAAGCCGGUAUCGGAUAUCCCCCGCCAGGAACCGCCUCCCACAUCUGCCACACCAUCAGAUCGAGACCGAGAUGCAUCUCCUAUGCCUUCCAGCGAGGUCGAUCGGGCUAUUGCGGAGUUGGUGGAUAUGGGAUUCCCCGCAGAUAAAUCUCGCCGGGCCUUGAAUGCCACAGAGUCUGGGACCGACGUACAGGCUGCUGUUGGUUGGCUUCUUACCCAGGCUCAUGCCGAGUCUCGGCAGAAGACCGAAGGACAUCCCAGUGCAACUCGUCCUGCCGAUCGCGCUGAAAGGAGUGAUAGUCGUAACCGUGACAGGCCUUCGUGGAUGAGAGAAGAAAUGCCGGAAUCUCGGUCACGUCAGGACAGACGGAGUCCAGCAUCGGCGGACAAAGACCCUGCGCAGGUUGCCUCUCAAUUUGGUAAUAACUUACUGAAAUCAGCUGGCUCGCUUUGGAAGACUGGCAGGAUGCAUCCUCUGCACAAGAUGAACCUCCUCUCCAGCCGCAGCGUCCAGGUCGUCGUGAUCAAACGGCUCAAUCACAACGAGAACAGCAGGAAUUCACUAAUGAAGCGCUUCUUCUUGAGUCUGGAGAUGGCCGGCCUCAGAAACCCCCCUCGUCCUCGUGAAAGCCACCCCGACCCAAGAAGCCAGCCUCGUAAUCAACCGCCCCCUGGUGCUGUGCAGCCAAGGCAGCAAGCCAACUUCCUCCAGCGUCCAUCCCGACCAAGUUCUCAAGAUCCUAAAUCUCGGCUUUCACGGUUUGCGGCUGAAGAGCAGACGGCGCAAGCAUAUGUUAGUCCUGCGAGACGCAAGCGACCUCAGGCACCACCGCCGCCUUCUGAGCCUACCGUCGAUCUCUUUGAUUCUCCCGCCCCUUCGGCUAGUCGUCCAAAGCCUCCUACCCCAGCCCAGACUGCCACGACUCCGACUCGCUCAGCUUCUAUCCCCGUACGCCCCAAAGCCCCAACACGGUCUAUUCCGCCUGUAUCACAAGAGGCACUUCAAUCGACACAUCGGCACCGCGGAAAGGCCGCAGACUCAUACAAAAGAGGUGACUACGCAGAAGCCCACCAGAGCUUCUCUACGGCUCUCGGUAUGCUCCCUGACAAGCAUCCUAUCACUAUUAUCAUCCGCAGCAAUCGAGCCAUGACAGCCCUAAAGAUCGGAGAACCCAAGUCCGCCAUUGAUGAUGCCGACAUCAUCCUAACGUUCAUUGGCCCGUCUAAGGGUGAAUCAGAGGCGAUCGAUCUAUGCACCGGGGAAGCACCUAAGCCCAUGAAAGACUUCUUCGGCAAGGCUUUGAUGCGCAAAGCCGAAGCCCUAGAGCAACUCGAGCGCUGGGGUGAUGCCGCGCAGACGUGGAAGCUGGCUGUAGAGUCUGGCCACGGUGGUAGCACGAGUAUCCAAGGCCGGAACCGUUGCGAGAAAGCGGCUGGUAUCAGCAAGCCUCAAUCUAAGCCCGCAGCCCCUGCUAGGAAAAGGCCCUCACCCCCGCCUAAGAAGCCUUCGGCUAUGUCCGAUCUCACAGCCACAUCAGCAUCUGGGGCCGACUUUGAAGCGGUCAGUCGUCUGCGGCAAGCCAAUCAGGCGGCUGAGCGCGCCGACGAAGAGAAGUUUGCUCUUUCUGAGAGCGUCGACGCGAAAAUUGCCGCCUGGAGAAAUGGCAAGCAAGACAAUUUGCGCGCCCUGCUGGGUAGCCUGGAUUCUGUGCUAUGGCCCGAGGCUGGGUGGAAGAAGAUUGGCUUGUCGGAGCUGGUUCUGCCGAAUAAGGUUAAGAUUCAGUAUAUGAAGGGCAUUUCCAAGGUACACCCUGAUAAGAUCCCUACCACUGCCACUACUGAGCAGCGUAUGAUUGCUGGAUCUGUGUUCGGAACCCUAAAUGAAGCCUGGGAUAAGUUCAGAGCUGAAAAUAACCUCUGA